CUGAGACUUGAUAGUGAGGCGGAACUGAGGCCACGACCAUAUUUAUGCAAAAUGUUUUUUUUAACGUCCUCAAGAUUUACGUCUUUCUUGGCAGGACCUGAAUACAGCAGUGUGCUCCUUGUGACACAGAUCACUAGCAGAAACCUGACACAUGGACCAACCAGCGGGAAAACUACAGCUUUGUGACGACACAACAUUGUGACUUAUUACUUACAAAAUAUGCGAACAUUUCCUACUUUAAAUGUGCGGUAUGUUUAAGAGUCGCUUCACCACCGCACUGGCUCUUAUAUCCGUCGUAGUGGCUGCACUGCCGCUGGACUGUGCCAACAUAACAUGUCGGGAAUAUCAAGGAGGAUAUGAACAUGAUCAUGUUGUGGGACACUGCCCUGUGAAACUGACCCCAGCCAUGUCCAAUGAUUCUGAGGGGGGUAACUCUGGAUGUGUCAUUGUUCAUGUCUGGAUAAAGACUGAUGACCUUUGUAAUGCCUCGACAAUUGAAAUUCGUCGUUCAUCAUCUGAGGAAAUAAUCAGGCCUAUAAAAAAAGGGACAAAGUGCAAAAAAAAGCAAAGGAAACCGCAUGAAAAAAAAGUCAAGUGUGAAAGUGUCUCACAGCCACACAGCAAAGCCCAAUUUGAUCUGUGGGAACUGGUAUAUAAUUGUGUCCUAGAUUCAGCAAAUAGUGUUGUUACUGUGUCAUACAAAACAUCAUCAACCAGCUGCAGUGUCAGCUACACAAUACCAGAUCCCAUCCCAGACUUUGAUCUGUCUUUGAACCAGUCGUCUAAAUCCAUCUUGGUGACGGUGGAGCCUGGAGGCAAAGUCAAAGCUAGAUGGUGUUACCAAAAAAAUGGAAAUUGUAUGGACUCUCUCUCCAGCCCAAUCACUAUUGAUCCAUCCCAGUCUCGAUCAGGUCUUCUUAACUUCCCUUACCUGCUGCCUUGUAUGUGUGUGCAGGUCUUUUACACACAUACGGAUGCCCGGCGUCAUAAAAAGUGCCCAUUUCAGAAUAAGAGCCACACAGAUGUCAGGGAUGUUUGGCUCUCCUCUGAGGUCUCACUGUACGAGUCAAGUUUGAAUUGGAGCUCCAAGUGUCCUGCCAGUGACCUGAACAUCUCUGCCUCCCUCUGCUGGAGGCAAAAUGAAAAACUCUGCACUCCUGUGCUCAACUCCACACUGGAGGAUAGGAAAGUUGGGCAAAACCUGAUAUACAGCACAUCUGCAGUGGACAAACACCCUCAGAUGUGUCUGCAGUUGUCCCUACAAGGCAGUCAAGAAAUCUAUUGCCGCUUCGAGGCUGGUAUGUCUUCAUGGGAGGUGUAUAUGGGACCAGGCAGGCAGAGUGUGGUUUUGUUUAUCACCUCUUUAGCUCCUGCAAGCUUUUCCGCUCAACUCUGUGUCCUUAAUGAGAGGGAGUGUGCACCAAUGGGGCAUGUCCACUCAGUGACAAUUGAAGCGUAUAAAACUAAAACAAGGAUACAUGUGCCUCUUCUCUUCCUUGCUGAGAAGCCAUGUGUGCAGGUGUGGCAGUCACAUCCUGCUCUACUUGGAAGAAGAAUUAUGUGCCCGGACUACUCGCCUGACAGAUGUGGCAUGUAUGCUGUGGCAGCUUUGGUAUCCGUGGUUAUUGUUGCUUUACUGGGAAUGUUUAUCCACCGUCUCAACAAAAGUGGAGCAGCAGGUUGGCUGUGUAUUCGGGAACCAGUGUUACUUGUGUGCUCAUCAGAGCAGUCGGCCCACGUCUCUGCUGUGUGUGCGUUAGCCUCAAUCCUGCAGGGGGAGCUAAGUGCCUCUGUGCACAUGGCUCUGUGGGCCCAAAGCUCACAAACGAAAAACGGGACUGAGCCUGGGACUGGAGUGGCUGAUCUGGGUCCCCUUCCCUGGCUGUACGGGCAGUGGGAAGCCAUGCGGGAGGCUCAAGGAAAAGUGCUGAUUAUUUGGAGUCCUGAAGCCACGGAGACCUAUGAGAAGUGGAGGGAGGAGAGGGCAAACAUGCCAAGAAGUAAAAGAAACAUGAGAGAGGAAGUGGAAGAAGUAAGUGGAGGAAGACUGGGAAAAUGCAAAAGAGAGAAAGCUGCAGUUAAAAAAGAGUGUGAUUAUAAAGACUGGUACACACAGACUGAGCCCUCCACAGUGAUCGCACCAGUAUUUGCGGCUGCUCUGGCCUGCCUAGAGGGGGCGCUGCAGGAGUGCAAAAGUCAAGGAGUGGCCCUUGUCUACUUCCAGGGCCUCUGCCACAGCAGGGACAUCCCAAAAGCCUUCAGAGGUGUCCCUCGGUUCUGCUUACCCCAGGAUUUCAGGGGCUUUGUACAGGAGCUGGGGGGGAUGAAAAGACAGAAGAGAACUGGAAAAUUGAGGUGGAACUGCUUGCACAGACUCCUGGCUAAAGUGCAGUCAGUAUGGCUCGCACGGCAGCUAGCAAAAAGACUAGAGACACUGCUGCCUCAGACGCAAGGAAAGAAAACGCAAGGGCCGAGUGACACGUCAUCACUCAAAAUAAUUUCAGAUAAGACCCAGAGCAGGCUCAAGUUGCCACUUGCAGCCAACAUGGCAAGGUCAGGAACUGUACAAGAGCACGAGCCUCUCCGCACGUUGCCAUGGUGAGCAGAGACACUUUAAUCUCAGGUUUCACAUGUCUGAUGUGGACAGACUCUUGUUCUGCUGGAAACAUGAUAGGUAUACAUGAGACACAGAGGAUUGGUGUUCCACUGCCAGUGCCAAUCAUUCAAACAUUUAUUAUUUUACAUUCUUUUUACUUGACUUUACUAAAUGCGACCUGUUGUUGCUGUUGUUGCUGUUGUUGUUGUUGACCUAUUGUUUUGUAUAUUAAGAUGAGGUAAAUACUCCGUCCUAUCUCCUGCAUGUUGCCUCUAACAGACGCUCUUUAUGCUUCUUUAGUCAGCACCUACUCUAUGUAAAUAUGCUUACCAGUAAGAACAUAUUUGCAAAAUAUACCUCACUUACAAAUGCACAAUACAGGAACUGACAAAUUUGCAUAGGUUUCUGAGCCAAAGCGGUUACAGUUGGAAAGAGUGCAACAGGUGGAAACAUUUAGGGUAUCUACUGAAGUGUGCUCCAACAUUUGUCAGUUAAUUCAGUUUUCAUGUACCACAGGUAUUGCUGUUAGUAUAGUAGAGACCUAUUAUUAAAUAUGUGCACACAUUACAUUCUGAAAACAAACUCUGAAUUUGAAUACAGCACUUCUGUAUUCAGCAAACAUUUCGACUCCACUUGCAGAAGUACUAGUUCAACACUGUUUGCGUUGGAACAUUAUGUCUGGGAGAUAAUACAAAUGCUAUUUAUAUAUAUAUAUGAAAGAAAUGACUUUUGCCAAAAAA